AUGGGAGCUCGUUGCUCUAAAUUCUCUUUCUGCUUGUUCCAUUCUCACUUCAAAUCCGCUUCAGUCCUCGAAUCUCCCGAUCUCGAUAAUGGAGGAAAAAAUGAGAAGAAAUUGUGGCCGAGUUUUAAGGAGUUCCGAUUAGACCAGCUGAAAUCAGCGACCGGAGGUUUCUCUUCAGAUAACAUUGUAUCGGAACACGGAGAGAAAGCUCCGAACAUUGUUUACAGAGGAAGGCUUGAUGAUGGUCGCUUGAUCGCCGUCAAACGCUUCAAUCGACUCGCUUGGACCGAUCAUCGACAGUUUUUGGAUGAAGCGAAAACUGUAGGGAGCUUGAGGAGUGAUCGAUUGGCGAAUCUGAUAGGUUGUUGCUACGAAGGUGAAGAGAGAUUACUCGUUGCAGAGUUUAUGCCACACGAAACUCUUGCUAAGCAUCUUUUCCACUGGGAGAAUCAUCCGAUGAAAUGGGCGAUGAGAUUAAGAGUUGCAUUGUGUUUAGCGCAAGCUUUGGAAUAUUGUAGUAAUAAAGGAAGAGCUUUGUAUCAUGAUCUCAAUGCUUACAGGGUUUUGUUUGACAAGGAUGGGAAUCCGAGGUUGUCUUGCUUUGGACUUAUGAAAAAUAGCCGAGAUGGGAAGAGUUAUAGCACAAACUUGGCAUUUACUCCUCCAGAGUAUCUGCGAACGGGUAGAGUGACACCAGAGAGUGUAGUAUUCAGUUUUGGAACCGUUUUGCUUGACCUCAUGAGCGGCAAACAUAUUCCACCGAGCCAUGCGCUUGACCUUAUCAAGGGGAAGAACUGUGCAAUGUUAAUGGAUUCUGCUCUCGAGGGUCAUUUCUCAACCGAAGAUGGAACAGAGCUAGUGCGGUUAGCCACACGUUGUCUUCAGUAUGAAGCUCGAGAAAGGCCAAAUGUGAAAUCUCUUGUCACGUCACUCGCCACACUCCAGAAGGAAUCUGAUGUACCUUCAUAUGAUCUUAUGGGUAUACCACAUGAAACCGAGAUCGAGGAAGAUGCACCACUUUCUUUGACGUCUUUUGGUGAUGCGUGUUUAAGAGUAGAUCUUACAGCCAUACAUGAAAUACUUGAGAAGAUUGGAUACAAGGAUGAUGAAGGAAUUGCCAACGAGCUCUCGUUUCAAAUGUGGACCAACCAGAUGCAGGAAUCUCUCAAUUCGAAGAAGCAAGGCGACUUAGCGUUCCGUUCCAAAGAUUAUACAACCGCUGUCGAUUGCUACACUCAGUUCAUAGAAGGAGGAACAAUGGUAUCACCAACGGUUCACGCACGGCGCUGCCUAUCGUAUCUGAUGAACGAGAACGCACAAGAGGCUCUAACCGAUGCAUUGCAAGCACAGGUAGUGUCUCCAGAAUGGCCAACCGCUUUGUAUCUGCAAGCGGCUUGCUUGUUCAAGCUCGGUAUGGAAACCGAUGCUCAACAAGCUCUCAAAGACGGGACUACAUUGGAAGCUAAGAAGAUUAAGAAGCGCUGA